AUGAACAACUAUCACUCUAUUCCUCUUCAUCCCAACAUCAUGACUGCUCUAAGCACAACUACCAAUUUCACUUCUUCGCCUUUGUCUUCCUCGUCGUUUAGGGACCUCGUCUCCGGGAAUUUUCUCGUCCGAGGUUUCUUGCACUUGUUGGAGAUUCAAAUGGUCGAGAUUUUUCUAGCGAUUCUUGUUUUCUUGAUUAUACGUAGUUUAAGGCAGAGAAAGCAUCAAGGACUUCUGAAUUGGCCAUUCGUCGGUAUGUUGCCAUCGCUAAUUCUUGGUGUUCGGGGCGAUGUGUACGAGUGGAUUUCCGAAGUUAUAUGUCGACAAAAUGGGACGUUUACUUUCAGAGGACCCUGGUUUACAAAUCUCAAUUGUGUUAUAACAUCGGAUCCUCGAAAUCUAGAGUACCUUCUGAAGACAAAUUUCUCAAAUUUUCCCAAAGGAGAAUAUUUUCGCAACACGGUUCGGGAUCUUCUCGGCGAUGGUAUAUUCAAUGCUGAUGAUAAGAUUUGGCAAAGGCAGAGAAAAACAGCAAGUCUUGAAUUUCAUUCUGCAAAGUUCAGGCAAAUGACAACAGAAUCAUUGCUGGAACUCGUCCAUGCCAGGCUCCUGCUUGUUUUGGAAGAUGCAGUGAACCAAUCUGUUCCCGUAGAUUUACAAGAUAUUCUAUUGAGAUUAACAUUUGAUAAUGUUUGCAUGAUCGCAUUUGGCGUCGAUCCAGGGUGUCUCCGCCCUGGCCUGCCGGAAAUCCCCUUCGCCAGGGCGUUCGAGGACGCGACAGAAGCAACGACAUUGCGUUUCGUCACUCCAACUCUCAUAUGGAAAACCAUGAGAUUUUUCAACCUGGGAACUGAAGGAAAACUCAUUAAAUCAAUAGAGGGAGUAGACGAUUUUGCUCAAGAAGUAAUUCGUACUAGAAAGAAAGAACUUUCCCUGGAAUCAUCAGAUGUUAAUAAACAAAGAACAGAUCUUUUAACAGUGUUUAUGGGUUUGAAAGAUGAAGAAGAACAGCCAUUUUCAGACAAGUUUUUGCGUGAUAUUUGUGUGAACUUCAUUCUUGCUGGGAGAGACACUUCUUCAGUUGCAUUAAGCUGGUUUUUCUGGCUUCUGAAUCAAAAUCCAGAAGUAGAGCAAAAAAUUCUUGCUGAAAUUUGUGGGAUAAUAAAUGGAAGAGAAGAUAACAAAGAAAAGGGAAACGAUUUUGUGUUGAAACCAGAGGAGGUGAAGAAGAUGGAGUAUCUUCAGGCAGCUCUUUCGGAGGCUCUGAGGUUGUACCCUUCAGUGCCAGUUGACCAUAAAGAGGUACUCGAAGAUGACAAAUUCCCUGAUGGAACAGUAGUGAAGAAGGGAACAAAAGUUGUGUAUGCGAUCUAUGCUAUGGGGCGAAUGGAAGAGAUAUGGGGCAAAGAUUGCAGAGAAUUCAAGCCAGAGAGAUGGCUAAACAACGGCCGAUUCACGAGUGAAUCUGCCUACAAAUUUACAGCUUUUAAUGGCGGCCCACGGCUGUGCUUAGGAAAGGAUUUUGCUUAUUACCAGAUGAAAUUUGCCGCUGCGGCCAUCCUAUACCGCUACCGGGUGGUGGUUGUGGAAAACCACCCGGUGCUGCCAAAGAUGGCAUUAACAAUGUACAUGAAGUAUGGUCUCAAGGUCAAGCUUUUAAGGCGUGACAAAUCAGAGAUUCAGAAUGUUCUUAGUUCUAUGAAAAAUUAA